GUUGAAAACAAACGUGACAAGAAGUGAAUGGAGCGCGAGAUAAUAUCGAUUUCUCUCAAGAAUAAUUGACUUACCCUGGAACAGACACAAGUCGGCGCCGCGUCAAUACGUGAUUGGAUGGUCGGUUAGUAUCCACUUCCCCUGCGCUUGCGUCCUGCCCACCCUGCAGCCACAUGGAGCGUAAGCGGGCAGGCGGUAAAUUAGAUGGCAUCCUCCCCCAUCCAGAGACGGUAAUAUCAGAGACAUUAUUUAAUAAUACCUGCCGACCGACGGUGUCGACAGCUGCCAAGCACCAUGCAGCGCCAACCACUCACCCUGAACCUGGACAGUCUUCCCUCGUCGCGACCGACCACGCGCGAAGGCGACAUUUCCGCGACCAUCAACGCCCUCCCCCAGCCCGCCGUCAAAGACAAGGAUCGCAAGUCGUCCUUCUCCCGAAAAGCAACGUCCUUUACCAAUGCUGCCCGCCGGCGCGGCAGCUCCAACACCACCGACGUCUCCUCCUCCUCCUCCGCGCCCUUCAUCACCGACGCCACAGCGCCUCCAGCGCUCCCCGAGUACGCGAUCCCCAGCGCAGCCAAGCUCACGCCUCGCGCCGAGAUCGAAGACCCCUUUCGGAGCGUGGCCUCACCGCCCGACCACGUCAAGAUGCUCUCCAGGACAGCGACAGGUGCCAGCAUGCCCCCUCCCCCAACACCCAUCGGUGGCGGCGGGGGGUUCUGGCAAGGGAGUGAAGGGACCGGCGCCGGGUACAAGCACAUGCAAGACACGAUUCGAAAACGAAUGGCGACAAUGGACUACCUGCGGAAAGCACACGCCGGGCGGUGUUACUGGUUCAACGCAUAUCUCAUGGACAAGUCAGAUCUCCACCGGGUGUUUGACCAGCGCAAGCUGGCGAGGCGAGCGACGAAUUACCUACUGCUGGGCCUCUCGCUGCCGGUGCUGGCCGACUUGUACUCGAGCACCCCUGUCGAGUUCCUGAGGGCGUUGACGGGGCUGCUCAACGAAUUCGAGUCCUUUCAGCAGCUACGAAACGAUUCCUCCGCGUCCGCCAUCUCGCGCGCCAGGCUGCCCACCAUGUUUCGUCGUCCAGGCGGGAAAUCACGACGCUCGACAUCGGCGGCCGAGGAGGAUUCGUCGUCGUACCCCUUGACAUCGGGCAGCCUCCCCUCUGCGCCCGCGCCGAGCGUCAUGAACUUUGCGGCGUCCGAGUCCGACCUGCUGCCCGGCGAGGAGUACACAUAUCUGCUGACGCCGUCGCUCCCCUUUGAGCCGGAUUACUUUGAGACGUUUGCCACGCUGUGCGAUGCGCUGAGCGACGUGUACAACAGGGUACUCAUGUUGGUGCCCACCAUGAGCGGGUGUACGCCAGCUGUUAUGGAACAGUUUGCAAAGGCGGACACGCGCGUGAGGAAGAUCCUUGUUGCGGGUGUUGUGAAGGAGUUUGAGGAGAGUAGCCGGGCCAACAUCAAGGCCGAGGUUGCGAGUGUUGGGAAAGUGGUCCUGGGUGGAUUGAUGUAACGAAGCCAUGCCGGUAGGGAAUCUUUUGACGGGCUGGGGAGUUUAGGCAUCAUCAUGAGGCGUUCUCUUUUUUUA